CGAGUGGAAGAUCUACUGUCUUCCAUUGUCGGUUUGGAACACAUCAAGAGUCAAGUACGUGGACUCCGACGUACCGUGGAAAUCAGUGAUCUCCGCGACAGCUUGGUGCCGGAAAGUAGACCAGGGCGCGGUCCUUCGGCCUUGUCCUUGGUCUCACCCGGCAUUGCCGAGGAUUCCGGACGCCCUCGGGCACACCACAUGGUGUUUGCCGGUAACCCUGGAAGCGGCAAGACGUCGGUGGCUCGUCUACUAGCCAAAGUAUUCCACGAGCUCGGUGUCUUGCGCAAACCGAAAUUCCUCGAAGUGGAACGGAUGGACUUGGUCGCCCGAGAUAAGGAGACCACACUCAGCAAAACCCGCGAAGUAUUGGACGAAGCUCGUGGCGGCGUACUCUUUAUCGACGAGGCCUUUACGCUGGGCAUGGCCUCGAAACGCAACCGAUCAGACACGGCCAGCUACGCCAUGCAGGAAAUGGUCCGCAGCAUGGAUGAGGCUGCCACAAGUCAAACGGACGACGACUUUCCACUCAUCGUCUUGGGUGGCUUUCCGCUCGAGACGCAAGCCUUUUUGGCGUUCCAGCCCGAUAUGCGCAAACGAUUUCCGCUGGUCUUUGAGUUCCCGGACUACACUUGUGAAGAGCUGGCUCGCAUU